AUGGGUGCGUCGGAUCAGACUGUUGGAAGUUUGCUGCUGGUCGUUAGUGUGAUUGUCUACGUCUACUACAGUACCUGGGUUCUACUCUCACCAUUCAUUGAUGACGACCAUAUCAUUCAGCACUUUUUCCUGCCGUAUCAUUACGCUAUUAGCAUCCCUGCGGUGCUCGUUGUGCUAGUUUUCAGCGGUGCUGCCACAUUUAUUGGUAUGGUCAUGAUCAAGAGUCAACAGAAGAAAAAUGAGUAG